ACAAGUAACUUACAGUCUACACACACAGAGGGCAGAGGGAGGAUCAGAAAACACAGUUAUUCUCACACCGGAGGGUCGAACAUUUAACGAGGGAUUGCUGGCUGCUUAUGACGAGCCUUGUCAUCUGAAGGAAAGUAAACUUAAAGCAGAGCAGAGGAUCUGUGCAGCAGAGAAGAAGACUCAGUGGGGAAACGACACUGUUGCUUGGAUUCACACACAUCUUCUUCUUUUUGCCGUCCUAUAGGACGACAGCUUCAUGGGUGGAAGAUGAAUCUCCAGCUGUCGGGCGACUGUGCGUGUGAUUCUGCUGCCAUUGAGGAAGUUUCCCAGAAGACCCAGUGACUCCCGCCUGUCGCCUAUGCCUCCUGCUGAAUGUGGAAAGCCUAGGAUGGAAGACCCACCAAGUGCUGCUCGUAGGCACUGGAACAACGCUCUCGACCUCCACAACCAUCUCGCCUCCACCCUUGCACACACAAGCACAACCAGCUGCUUCGCUGCCAUCACCAACCAGACGGGGACCACCGCCACCGGGUGACAAGAAUCCAGGAUGUUUGUGAACUUCCGCCGGAUACGAAGGUGCCAGUAUGUGCAGCUGAUGACCACUUGCCUGGUGCUGUCGGUGGUGAUGGUUUGCUGGGAGCAGUUGGACAAAAGUGUUGUCAGCCACGUCAAGUCCUACUCCUACCGCUACCUCGUCAACAGCUUCACCUACAUCAACAAGAGCCUCACCAUCCCACGUGAGCAGGCCAGAAGCUUUAGCAACUUCCGCUACCUGCUGAACCACCCGGAUAAAUGCGCCGGCAAGGACGUCCUCCUCCUCCUCUUUGUGAAAACAUCCCCAGAGAACAUUGAGAGGCGGAACGCCAUCAGAUCCACGUGGGGUAAUGAGACCUACAUCCAGAACGCUCUGGGAGUGACGGUGAAAGUGGUGUUCGCCUUGGGGGCACCUCAGGCCAGGAAGGAGGAGCCGUCAUGGACCAAGAGAUUUCAUCUUCAGGAGCAGCUCAUCCACGAGGACCGUCUCCACGGUGAUUUGAUCCAACAAGACUUCUUAGACUCGUUCCACAACUUGACUCUUAAGCUGAUCCUGCAGUUCCACUGGACGCACAGCCACUGCGCACACGCCCGCUUCCUCAUGACCGCUGACGACGACAUCUUCGUCCACAUACCCAACCUGGUGAGCUACCUAAGGGACGUGAGCAGCAGAAGUGUCACAGACUUUUGGGUUGGUCGAGUGCACAGGGGGGCGCCGCCAAUCCGCAGCAAAGACAGCAAGUACUUCGUGCCCUACGAGAUGUAUCAGUGGUUGUCGUACCCUGACUACACAGCUGGGGCCGGGUAUGUCGUGUCCAGCGACGUAGCGGACAAAAUCUACCAAGCCACGCUGACCCUUAACGCCUCUCUUUACAUAGACGAUGUGUUCAUGGGCAUCUGCGGCAUCACUGUCGGCGUAUCACCACAGGAGCACGUCUAUUUCUCAGGUGAGGGCAAAGCGCCCUACCACCUGUGUAUCUAUGACCAGAUGAUAACCUCGCACGGUCACGUGGAGGAUAUCUACGACCUGUGGAAGACGGCGACCGACCCGCAGGUGAAGCAGAAGACCUCUGGACUCGUAGGGAGGCUGUACUGCGCAGCCGUGAAACUGGCUCUCCUUUGUAAACCAUAUUAUUUUAACACCUACCCGUGCAAAGCUGCCUUUUUGUAGUAUUACGUCAGGUUUGUGUGUGCGAGACAGAGUGAGGGAGUGUGUCAUAGGUCACAAUGAAAGGAGGAUCAUAGUUGCGAAUAUUACCUCAGUCCUUUUAGUUGGACACCCAUGUGAAAACACUGGAGCAUGUGUUGUGUGUUUCCGGAGGCAAAGAGAGACUUAUGUUUGUUACUGUUCAGUGUGAGAUCACCAACACGUCAAUGACAGCUAGUUUAUUACUGUAAUAACACUGGCUUUGCAUUGACAGCAGAAUGUGUUAAAAACAGCUCCUAAAAAGAUGGUGUCUAUUGUCAUGUAGUCCCAACUCAAACCCACCGUGCUCAGAAAUAGGAUUUUAAUAAAGACUAUAUUAAGUAUGAUAAGGAAAAAUGCCACAACUUUUGUUCUCAUUGGUCCAAAGUUUUGAAUUUGUAUGGACAUACUUUGGGCAAAUAUCUAACAGUACAACUUUGACAUUUUUAGAUCACAUGAGAAAUCACACACAGGGUUUUUGAAGAAAUUAGAAAAAACACAGACAUUGUGUUUAUUAAAUGUAUUCUAUACGAUUCUUUUUUUCUUUUAUGGAUUUUGUUCAUAUUUUGAGUUUUGAUAUCUUUGGGCACAUGGGACUUCUGUUUUUUCUAUUUGUUUUUUUCUAUUUAGGAACAAACAGUAGUCCCAUGUGACCAAAGAGUAAAUAUAGUAUGAUAAGAAAAAGUCACUUCUCAGCCAAACGGUUUGACGGCUUCAAAGAUUUCCUCAGAUUUGUGCUUAUGCAAGCCCAGAAAGCACUGUAUUAAAUGUAUUUAAUGCGGGCACAAAUGGGUUAACUAAUUUAUUUUCCAUCUCAGCCAGUUGGAGAGCGUAGUUCCUUCUUGUCUUGGUUUUAUUUUGCUACUAAUGUGACACACAAAAGGGCUGCCAAAAAACUAAUCUUGACACAAGGCAUUGACUUAGAACAUACCUUCUCAGUAAAAUGCAAAAGUAACACAUUUUUGGUGUUCCUGAUGUGUAAUAAAAAGAAGCGGUAGGUCAGUGACGUGUCAAAUCUAAAAAUAUCUACACGUCAUGAAGUGCAAAAUUCCUCACAGUGAAGUAGAAUAGAUGUGUAACUGAGAAGACUUUACAAACAGUUCCUGUGCUGGAAAUAAUGAUGAUGUGACGAUGAGCAAGAAAGCGUGUACUCCAAAUUAAAUAUUUUCUUGUUAUAAGAUUAUUUUGUUUUAUUAAAUUUGGGAAAAAGGUUUUUUAAUGAAAUAAAAUCUCCCAAGUGAAAGUGUU